UUAUGAUUAUCGUGACGUCAUUGUUUUCGAAAAGCUCCGCUUUCAAAAUGUUUUCUGUCCACGCGAAAGCGAAAUGCCCGCGUUUCAAGUUUCCUCUCUCCGUUUUGAAAAAGCUCCGUUUUUGUGACGGAUUAGCAUGGAUGGUAGACCUUACCGUAGAAAUAAUGUUGCGUUUUCAAAUUUUAUCAGCGUAAUGCAUUGCGCGUGGCGCGAUCUUUUUAUUCUGGUUUUCACGUCACACGAAAUUACCGAAGUUGAGGACACGGGGAUGAUGCCAGCAAGGCCUUCGAGGUUUCCUCUUUGUUGGAAACCUUACGGAUGAAAUGAACUGAUUUAUCCCGGAUAAACGUUUCUGUAGAAGUGAAUCUAGAGGAGUAGUGAGUAGUGCUGCUCCCUCCUCCCCCUCCCCACCUCUGGAUGAGAUGCUGUGUGUAGCUCAGCAUUUUUCGUGUUUCCAUAACAGCUGGUCGGUGCUCAUUGAAACUCGUGGGUGAACAGUGGCACUGUGGGUAAAAGGUGUCUUCCCAUACCACACGAGGUAAUGACCCGACUGGCUGACCCCGCGGGUCACUAGAUCUAGAGUCAUUUGGUGACCGGUUUGGGCUAGCAGAAGAAACAACAAUAAAACCAAAGUCUUCAGUACAAUCUAAGCAAUCUUCAUUAUUUCUGCCAACACAGGUAUAAAGCAUCUAUUUACGCAGCUUUGGACAUUUACUUAAGUACUGAGUGAAGUUUGCUUCUUCCUUAGAAAAAUGUGUAAUUUUCUCUCUCUUUAACCAAGACAUGUUCUUUAUUCUGAAUAAUUCAAUGCGCUUUCGAUUAAGGGAGAACUAGCCUGCGUGAUAAGCAGUGGAAACCGCCGGGAUACAGACCAUUUAAUUAAAAGAGCGACACGUCCCACUGCAUCGCAAGUCAGGGAAAACAUAAUAGUCAGUGAUUAUACAAAUGUGUUGGUUCAUGUGCAGUGAUUGAAGAAUUUGAAUACUUCACUAGUCAGAUGGAACGAUUCAAUUAUGGCAAAGACUGGCGUCCUUCAGAGCUGUGUACUCUGUACGCUUACUUCUCUAGGACGUUGGCAGUUACAAAAGCGCCACUACUUUUUCGCGUAAAAUUGGAACAUGUCGGAAUCCAGCAGAAGCCAAACAGCAGCUCUGUCAGUAGCUAACGACUGUGAUGGGAUUAAACUCAGCAACGGACAGGAACGCGAGCGACUGCGCACAAUCACAGCGUUUUUCAUUUUUGGAACUUUGAUUUACGCAACAUAUUCCUUGGUCAUUGCUGGUGCUCAAGAUAUUCUAGCGGGAACGUCAAUUCCAACUUCUAUAUCUCUCAUCGCAUUGAUUGCACCGGGUUUUCUUGUUACUUUAAUCGCGCCUUAUUUCAUGCAUAACAUUCCGUAUAUUGCUUGCAUAAUGACGUUUUGUUGUACGGGAAUCGGUGGUUUUCUCAUGCUAGUGUUUGCCAAGCAAGUUCAUUGGAAAUUAAUCGGAGUUGGGAUUGUGUCGUUUGGAAGCAAUUUUUGUGAAAUCACUGUUUUGGCUCUCUCGUCGUUUUAUCACGAAGCAGCGUCGACAGCCUUUUCUGCCGGAACGGGUGCAGGAUUUGUGAUAGCUCCCCUAUAUUACACAGCCAUGACAACGUGGGCCUGUGUUUCACCAAAUGCCACAAUUUUAAUCAUGGCGGCCAUGUUGUUUCUGGGCUUUGUUUGCUACUACGUCAUGGACAAGAAGCAUUUAGAGUCCCCCAGUCCACCAACGGAGGAACAUGCCGUAGUAGAGUACAGUGUCCUUAAUACUCAAGGUAAAAUAUUUUCGGCUGAAAUAAAUAUCCACACCAGCCGGGUCUUGCAAAAGCUGGUUUUCCUCCAGCAUGAAAUAUACGGGGAUAGUUAUGGACAUUGCUUACUCUUGUCAAAACUAACAACUUGUCAUGCUUUAACAGAUGAUGGAUGUCAGAACUCCAAAAGAGACGACGACAACAGCGUAGAAUCAGCAGAGGAGAACAGCAAUGAUGGUGGCCCUUUCUCUUUUCCAAAAGUAUUUAUGGUCAUUCGUCAGAUGCUGCCUGGUCUGAUGUCGAUUUUUAUCGCAUGGUUCUCAGAAUAUAUGAUCAUUCAAUCUGUCGUUACAACCCUAGCUUUUCCCCACGCUCCCUUCAAACCACGUGACCACUAUCAGUAUUACAUCUUUGUUUUCAUGGGGGGAGCGGUGGUUGGAAGGUCAUAUCUUGUGGCGUUGUCCUAUGUCAAACCAGAAUGGGCAGAAAAAGCUAAAUUCCCGUAUCUUUGGAUUCUUUCGAUGAUAGAAGCCAUGCUUCUUUUGCUCCUCGUCCUGGCGGCCUGGUACCGAUUUUUACCGAGUGUGUGGAUCGUUUUGCUGCUGGUAUUUGCCAGCGCUGCAGUGGUUGGUGUUACCUAUGUUAAUGCAAUAACGUACUUUAGGGAUAGCUUCAAGGACCGUGAUAAGGAGUUCGCCAUGGGAUUCUUUCCUGUGGCCAUAACUGGGGGCAUUUUUGCUUCUGCUUUGUUAGGCCUUUACGUUGAGCCUAUCUUACGCGAGCAUUGCACAAUGUUUACAAAUAACAGCGACUUUUGCUUUACAAGAUCAAAGUCCUUAGCUCGUUUUACUUCAACAUGUACUAAAAUAACCUGA